AUGAAGUUUUCUGCUGGCACCAUCCUGUCAUGGUCCUCCCUACUACUUGCCUCCUCUGUUUCUGCGCAACAAGAGGCCGUGGCUCCUGAAGACUCCGCCGUCGUCAAACUAGCCACCGACACUUUCAAUGAGUACAUCCAGUCGCACGACCUGGUUCUUGCAGAGUUUUUUGCACCAUGGUGUGGGCACUGUAAGAAUAUGGCCCCUGAAUACGUUAAAGCCGCGGAGAGUUUGGUUGAGAAGAACAUUACUUUGGCUCAGAUCGACUGUACUGAAAACCAGGAUCUGUGCAUGGAACACAACAUCCCAGGGUUCCCUAGCCUGAAGAUCUUUAAGAACAGCGACGUGAACAACUCAGUUGAUUACGAGGGACCUAGAACUGCCGAAGCCAUUGUUCAGUUCAUGAUUAAGCAAAGCCAACCGGCAGUCACUGUUGUUGCAGACCUGUCUGCGUUCCUUGCUAACGAGACUUUCGUCACUCCAGUUAUCGUUCAAUCUGGUAAGAUCGACGCAGACUUCAACGCUACUUUCUACUCUAUUGCCAACAAGCACUUCAACGACUAUGACUUCGUCUCUGCUGGAAACACAGACGACGAUUUCAAACUUUCCAUUUACUUGCCUUCCGCCAUGGACGAACCCGUAGUGUACAACGGCAAGCAAGCGGACAUCGCUAACACAGAUGUUUUCGAAAAGUGGUUGCAAGUAGAAGCCCUGCCUUACUUUGGUGAAAUUGACGGUUCCGUAUUCGGUCAAUACGUUGAAAGUGGUUUGCCAUUAGGCUACUUGUUUUACAAUGACGACGAAGAAUUGGAUGAAUACAGACCUAUCUUCACCGAAUUGGCUAAGAAAAACAGAGGUCUAAUGAACUUUGUUAGCAUCGAUGCCAAGAAAUUCGGCAGACACGCCGGCAACUUGAACAUGAAGGAACAAUUCCCUCUAUUUGCCAUCCAUGACAUGACCGAAGACUUGAAGUACGGUUUGCCUCAACUCUCUGAGGAGGCAUUCGACGAAUUGACCGACAAGAUCGUCUUGGAGUCCAAGGCUAUUGAGUCCUUGGUCAAGGACUUCUUGAAAGGCGAUGCCGCACCAAUCGUAAAGUCCCAAGAGGUUUUCGAAAACCAAGAUUCCUCUGUCUUCCAAUUGGUUGGUAAGAACCACGAUGAAAUUGUUAACGACCCAAAGAAAGAUGUCCUUGUUUUGUACUACGCCCCAUGGUGUGGUCAUUGCAAAAGAUUGGCUCCAAGUUACCAAGAAUUAGCUGAUACCUACGCCAACGCCACAUCCGAAGUCUUGGUUGCUAAACUAGACCACACUGAAAAUGAUGUCAAAGGUGUCGUAAUCGAGGGCUACCCAACCAUUGUCUUGUACCCAGGUGGUAAGAAGUCCGAAUCCGUUGUGUACAAGGGUUCAAGAUCUUUGGACUCCUUGUUUGACUUCAUCAAGGAAAACGGUCACUUCGAAAUUGACGGUAAGGCUUUGUACGAGGAUGCUCAAGAAAAGGCUGCCGUGGAUGCCGAUGCCGAUGCCGAUGCCGCUGAAUUGGUCGACGAAGAAGAUGGUAUUCAUGACGAAUUGUGA